CCAGAGUUGCAAGUUUUAACUGCUAUAAGAUGCUGGGGACGUCGUGAAGUAAGUUCCUACUUAAUUUCGAAGUUUCUAUUCAUGUACUUAAUUAUUCCUUUUAUAUGUGAUUUCUUCUAACAUGUACUUUUUGUCUAGGUUCAAGAAGAUGGGGGAGAUUUACAUGGGUUGUCUCAACCAACUGUAAGCCGCAUUUGUGCCAGAGUAGCUCGCGCGAUAGCUCGGCACUCAGCGACUUAUAUUAAAAUGCCUCAGACUCUGAUAGAACAACAAACAGUUAUCAGAGAAUUUCAAGAAAUCAGGAAUUUUCCUUCUGUACUGGGCUGCAUUGACUGUACUCAUAUUAAAAUAAAGAAAUAUGGCGGUGAUGCAGCUCAGUACUACAUAAAUAGAAAAGGAUUUUAUUCGAUGAAUGUCCAGGUAACUUGUGAUGCUAAACUACGCAUCAGAGAUAUUGUUGCCAGAUGGCGUGGUAGUACCCACGACUCCCGCAUAUUUAAUGAGUCCACCCUUAAAGAGCGCUUCGAGCGCGGAGACUUUAAGGGGCGACUCUUAGGAGAUUCGGGGUACCGCCUGGAAAGAUAUCUAUUCACGCCCAUUCUGAGACCUCAAAAUGCACGUGAAGAAAAUUACAAUCGUGCUCAAAUUGCUACACGGAACUGUGUAGAACGUUGCUUUGGCGUGUGGAAGCAACGGUUCCAAAGUUUGUUGUAUGGAGUCACUGUUCACAUGCACAAUGUAAAACCUACAAUUGUGGCUCUUGCAGUUUUGCAUAAUAUUGCAAUAGACCAAUAGGACCCUG